AUGGUCACUGCUCUCUCAGAUUCAAAUCUUCAUUUAGCGAGAGGAGCAUGUUGUACAAGAGAGCAAGGCCCAAAGGGGAUGUAUGCUUUGUAG